AUGUGGUCUAUCCAACGCUUCUUCUAUGCCUCACACUCCUCGGUUUCUUGCUGGAGGUCGUCCUUUACUGCUUCGACGAAAGUCGUGAGGGCAGGAUAUGGAACACCUCAUGUUGAUCCUUAUUGCCUCGCCGUCUCGGAACUGCGGAAGGAUCAAAGGGAUAACCAGCAGGAAACUGCAAAACUGGCUACCAAUCACUUUGUUUCUGCAAAGACAAUGGCUGUUCUAACUAUCAACAGUCUCCAAAAAGGUGGUGGGAAGUCGUCCAAGUGUGACAACAAGUACCAUUCGGAUAACACACCGGUGGUUGCACUCUCAACGGGUUGGUUCAAUGGCGAAAAGAGGUGUAUGAAGAACAUUACGAUUUAUGGGAACGGAAGGGAAGCGGAUGCUAUGGUUGUUGACGACUGUGAUUCCACAAUGGGAUGUGACAACCACCAUGAUUGUGAUAACAACAUUGUUGACGCGUCCAAAGCUGUUUGGAAGGCUCUGAUAGUGCCUAAGAAGCAAUGGGGCCAACUUGAUGUUUUCUGGUCUGAUGCUACUGCUUGA